CGGACGCUACAGAUAUCGGACGCACUGCAGGACGGGAUCAGGAUACGAAGACGGAUUCGGCGUGGAUUACACUUAACGAUGAGCCUGCCAAGCGCCAGCAGCCACGGCCACGCUGCGUCGCCCGUCUACAGUAACAGCAAUAGCAACAGUAACAACAAAUCGAGUACGGGCAACAAAAAAACCUCCUCGAAAAAUGAUUUACUGCGCUGUGCCGUCGGUCUUUUACUGAAACAGAAAAACUACGUGAGUAACGAAAGAUUUCGCCGCUCGGAUUUUUUGCUACUGCAAAAUAAACAGCAGUUCGCGGUAAACAAAAUGUUGGACACGGAUUUGCACGAUGGAAAUAGCUUUACCUACUCUAAUGUCCAGGUGAUUACCAACAACCAACACACAGUGGACCAACAAUUUGGACGGUUCUCGGUGUUCGUAGAGGCUCAAGCGGAGCCACUGCGUCUGGAAAUGAAACGCUUCUAUGGACCAAUGUUGUGUCAUUUCUACCUGGAUCUCCUUAAGGCUCGAGAACCGCGAGGCGCAGUGGAGUUGCUUCGAAAAUAUGCCCACUUGGUAGCCCCUGUCGAUAUGUACGAUGCACCGCCGCCCACCAAGAUUAACGGCUGUUCCACAACAGCCAAUGAGACCACUUUUAAUAUACGUUUCGCACGGGAAGCCCAGGAUACUGGGGACACGGAACUGGACUACUUCAUGCGCCUGGUACAAAUCCUGAGUGGCUACACACGGUUGGAAGCAGCAGAACUGGAUGAUACAGUGGCUCACUUUCGCUCCUCCAAAUACGAAUUACAUACCACAGCUCAAGUGGUGGAGAGGAUUUGUAGUUAUCUCCAGCGGCGGGGUCAUGUUUUGAUUAUGAACCUACUUUACACUUGGUUACAUGUCCACAUCGUGGAGAACGAACAGCGAGCCUUCAGUGAAGAUCACCUGCUUGGCCUGACGGAUGACAUGGAAGGUGAGGAAGCAGAGGAGGAUAUCGUUUCUAAACCAAUAGUAUCCCCAAGUACCCGCGGAGAUAUCAAACCAGGCAAAUCCUUAACAGAGAAAUCUAGCCGAAAGCGACCCGCUGAGGAGCCAAACAUUAAGAUAGAAACAGACAUCAAGCAGGAGAUUAAUACUGAUGUACCUGCAGAGCCCAGCAAAUCCCAAUUGAAUAUAGACGCCUGCUUGGACACACUCAAAUCAUCCACUGAACAGAUACUCAAGGCCCAGGUGGAACUACCGCGAUUUCUCAGGAUCAGCGAGCGUUCAGGGGGCCUCACCUCCGCCCACUUGGAUCCCACUGAGUGCCACCUAUUAGCCGGGUUCGACAACUCUGCCGUACAGCUGUGGCAGCUUAACCAAAACAGUUGCCGCGGCAAAAGCUUUUACAGGCGCUAUCCGCAAUCACAGUGCCCAUGGGAGCUGAACAACUGUGUGGAGGAGGAGGAAAUGGAACAGGAUGAAGAGGACAGUAGCGAACAGGAUAUAAAGUGCUCUGAAGAGGAACGAAGGGAACGCAACCGGGCUCGGCAUUGCAAAUAUGCUGACAAUUCCUACAACGAAUACGGCGGAUUGCAGUUACGAGGGCACACGAGAGGAGUCACCGACGUGCGCUUUUCCGCCCAUUACCCACUCAUGUACAGUGUGUCCAAGGACACAACCAUGCGGUGUUGGCGGGCGCAUAACCUUCACUGCGCAGCAAUAUACAGAAGUCACAACUAUCCAAUAUGGUGCCUGGACGAAAGUCCGGUUGGUCAAUACGUAGUCACGGGCUCCAAAGAUCUAAGUGCGCGUCUCUGGUCGCUAGAGAAAGAACAUGCGCUCAUUAUUUAUGCCGGACAUACGCAGGACGUUGAGUGCGUUGCCUUUCAUCCCAAUGGCAAUUACAUAGCCACCGGUUCGGCAGAUCACUCAGUGCGUCUGUGGUGUGCUACCAGCGGGAAACUGAUGCGAGUCUUUGCGGACUGCCGUCAGGCGGUGACCAAGCUGGCCUUCAGUCCAGAUGGAAAGAUGUUGGCCGCCGCCGGAGAGGAGACCAAGGUGCGGAUUUUCGACCUGGCCGCUGGAGCACAGCUGUCUGAGCUCAAAGAUCACUCCGCGAGUAUUAGUUCUCUAUCCUGGAGCACGCACAAUCGGCAUUUGGCCACAGCCUGUUCCGAUGGCACCUUGCGAUUGUGGGACAUCAAGAAACUAUCGCCAAUGGGCGACAACAGUAGUGCUGGAAGCUCUUCAUCAGCUACAACGAAUCGUGUGCUAACUCUCAAUAGUUCCUGCCAGCGUUUGGUCGAUGUUUUCUACGGGGACAGUAAGACGCUUUACUGCAUCGGCACCUAAAUUAUGGAUGAAACUGAAAACCGAAUGAAAGUUCACCUUCUCAUGGUUUAUGUUUGAAAAUAAUUUAUUUUUAAUAAGUCUGUAUAAUAUUACUGUUACUAUCGUGU